AUGAAAAAAAUACAAAAUUUUGAACAAUAUAAUAUUGAAAAUGAAAUCAUUAUCGAACUUGCUAAAGAAAUUUACUAUCAACAAAAUAUUGUAAAUAAUAUUAUCAAAGAAAAUAAAUUAUUAAAAAAACAUAUUAAAAAAAUAGAACAUUCUGAAGAAUCAGAACAAGAAAAUUCAAAUAAAAAUUCUGAAGAAAAUCUACAAUCUCCAGAAUUACCAAAUAACUCUAACAAUUUAUCUGACUCUCAGAGUUUUUUUAAUAAUCUAAUGGGUAAUUGUGAUGAUGAACAAAACAUUGGUAAAGAUUGUUCAGUUUUACCUUGUAAAAACAAUCUAGAAUGUAAAAAUAUUAAUAAUAAACAUACUUGUAUAUAA